UCGAGGGUGCUAUCAUAGUAAUGCAGCACUGGACAGCGGUUGAUAUCAGGUUGUGUACAUUUGUGUCGUGUAACAAACCAAUGCACAGACACACAAGGAACUAAAUCCUAACACAGCAGCAGCAGCAGCUUAUGGAGACAGCAGUGAAGCGAUAUGACCGCAAAAACGAGUGACUCAUACUAAAAAUGUAUUGGGAAUCCCCCUUAUUUUCCAUUAUACCGUGCACUGGGAAUUUGUCAUAUUUUUUGGAAUUGGCUUGUACGAGACUGGUGUGAACAACAACAAACCGUAACAGUAGAGGAGUCCGGGGAUUUUAUACCGAACUGGACGGUUUGCAAGUUCACUCCUUGUCGACUAGUCUGCACUCAGACGCGUUUGCAUUGCAACAAGCGCGCAGGCCCGGCCAUUGCACAAUGUUGAUUUUUAAUUUAAGCACCCAGGACCAAAUACUGUUUCCGGAGGGGGACGGAGAAAACCAAACUACAAUUUUAACACAGCGAGUUUUUAAGCCUGUGACAAUGGCCACCCAGCAGGACAUAUCGCCCCCAGUUUCCCUGGACAGUCUGCAGUCAGGAUUUGCUACCAACGUCCUGGCAAACAAACUUGAGGUGAAGCAUCUUUGUAACAUGUGUGGACUAAUCUUGAGACGGCCUCUCCAAGCUCCUUGUGGGCACCGCUACUGUUCGGGCUGUCUGAAGAGGAUGGUGAGCUCCGGGCCUCAGAAAUGUGAUGCAUGUAUAAAAGAAGAAAUAUUUGAGGAACCAAUAUCUAUAUUAACGAAAGACUGUGCUUUUCCAGACAAUGCGGCCCGCAGAGAGGUGGAGGCUCUGCCUGCAGUUUGCCCGAAUGAGGGAUGCGUGUGGAAAGGCACUAUUAAAGACUAUGAGACUAACCAUGAAGGGAAGUGUGAGUUCAGGAUGAUUCCCUGUCCGGCGUGUUGUGAGACCAUAAGAUUUAACGAAAGAGAGCACCACAGCGAACGGGAAUGCCCAGAAAGAACUUUGAAUUGCAAAUACUGCAAAGAACUUUUUUAUUUUAAAAACAUUAAGGCUCAUGAUGAGAUAUGCCAUAAAUUUCCUAUGACCUGUGAAGGGUGUGCUAAGAAAAAAAUUCCAAGAGAAAAGUAUGUGGACCAUAUUAAGUUAUGUAGUAAAUGUAAAGCGCCGUGCAGAUUUCAUGUUGUUGGGUGUAAUGCAUCAGUGGAGAAUGAAAAGGUGCCGGAGCACGAGCGGAUGUGUGCUUACGAGCACCUGAACAUGCUGCUCCACUACAUCAUGAACAUCAAGAUGAACCUGGAGGACCUUCAGCCCCAGAGCCUGGAGAACACCAGCCUGAAGAUCCACAGGCUGCACGAGUCCGUGACAGAGCUGGAGCUGAAGCUGGGGCAGCUGAACCUGGCUCCCGUGCAGGGAGCCGCGGCCGCCGCCUCCUCCAGAACCCUCGCCCCUCUUCUGCCCGUCGGACCCCUGGAGCAGCAGAGCUCAAUGUUGGGAGAGCUGCAGAGGAAGACCCAGGAGCUGGAGCUGAAGAUCGGGACCUUAGAGAACAUCAUCUGCGUCCUGAACCGCGAGGUGGAGAGGUCCUCCACCUCCAUCGAGGCGAAUAAUCGUCAGCACAGGCUGGACCAGGAGAAGAUCGAGAUGCUGAGCAAUAAGGUGCAUCAGCUGGAGCGCGCGAUGGCGCUGAAAGACCUGUCCAUCGCUGAGACGGAGGGACGUCUGCGUGAGCUCUCAGCCGCUACGUACGACGGGGUCUUCAUCUGGAGGAUAUCAGACUUCAGCAAGAAACGGCAGGACGCCAUUGCCGGCCGCGCACCCGCCAUGUUCUCCCCAGCUUUCUAUACCAGCAAGUACGGGUAUAAGAUGUGCAUGCGAAUUUACCUGAACGGAGACGGGACGGGCAGGGGGUCGCACCUCUCCCUGUUCUUUGUGGUGAUGAGGGGGCAGAGCGACGCCCUCCUGAAGUGGCCCUUCAACCAGAAGGUCACUCUGAUGCUGCUGGACCAGAAUAACCGGGAGCACAUCAUCGACGCCUUCCGCCCCGACGUCACCUCCUCCUCCUUCCAGCGGCCGGUCAGCGAGAUGAACAUCGCCAGCGGCUGCCCGCUCUUCUGCCCUCUCCUCAGGCUGGACGCCAAGAACUCCUACAUCCGCGAUGACACCAUCUUCAUCAAGGCCAUAGUGGAUCUGACUGGCCUUUAGCACGACAGUGUGUCUGCCGGACUCAACAUUUGUGAGGAUAUAGCUGUCUUGAAAUGGGUGACUCGCUGCUUAGUAAAACUAAAAAAAAAAAAAAAAAACUUUUUAGAAUGCAAGUGCUAGUCUAGCAGGUUAAGUGUUCUCCACAUGGAGAUCAGGAAACCAAGCACUUCUCUUAGGUUCACACACACACAAGUGCUACACUAGAGGUCCAACAAAAGUCUGUUCAGUGUAGCUUGCAAGCAGUUUAUUCAGUCAGGGCAUGUAAGUAGCAAAAGGAGAUUCUUUAUUUUUUACUUUUUUUUUUUUUUUUUUUUUUUCUGAAAUCACAGGCCACUGUUGGUGUGCAACUUUACAUAGAUGCUCAGUUGCAGUUUGUUUACAGUGCUUUAACAUAAGCAGGUUCUGUUACUCACUGGGAUGGAGAUCUGACUCUAGCUGCCUGCCAUGUGAAAUGAGUUCAGGCAGUCUCUGCCAAUCUCUGAGCUGUCGUGAAGUUGCACUGUUGGCGCCCCCUGAUGGAGUAAGCAUGCAGUGGACUUGGGCUCUGUCCCACAUGUUGGGGGUUAAGACACAUUGGUGAGCAAUGUUGUUGCAAAAAUCCUUUUUUUUUUUUGUCUUGGUCACCAUUGAUUGUUCUUUCCUUUUUCUCUUUACCAAUAAUGGUGCGAGUUAUACACUGGAGUAAAAUUAAUUGAAUAGGGCAAGUGUUUCAAAAGCAGUAGUGCGCCGGUAUGUGUAUUGUGGUGUAAUGCGUUUAACGGCGUGCUAGUUCUUUUUGAAUGCAGCCCAUAGUCCUCUAAUUACCCUGAUCAGCACUAAUCUUGUAGUACAGGGCAGCAGUGUGGAGUAGCGGUCAGGGCUCUGGAUUCUUGACCGGAGGGUCGUGGGUUCAAUCCCAGGUGGUGGACACUGCUACUGUACCCUUGAGCAAGGUACUUUACCUAGAUUGCUCCAGUAAAAACCCAACUGUAUAAAUGGGGAAUUGUAUGUAAAAAUAAUGUGAUAUCUUGUAACAAUUGUAAGUCGCCCUGGAUAAGGGCGUCUGCUAAGAAAUAAAUAAUGAUAAUAAUAAUAAUAAUAGUACCUUAUCUAAGGCAAGGCAAGGUACUCUGAUUGGUUAUAAUCAGGGUCUGUGAUAUGAGUCUGCCUUAUUAUUAUGUAUAUUUGUUUUAACGUAGUCUUGCUCAAACUUGCUGUUUUGAGGUGUGCUUGGAGUAGCUACAAGUAGUGAAGCCGUUGGCUGUAAUGCAUCUGCAGUACCAACCCCCCCUCCCCUUUGUUUAAUACCAGAGACAACAUGAGAGAGCUGGCUUGUUCUCCGUUUCCCGCAAUGCGAAUGCACCAAGUAGCAUUUGACUUUUUUUUUUUUUUGUAGCUGUAAUUAUUUGUAAUGGUGCACAUUGCCUAGAAUUGCAGUGCAAGGAACAGCGGAGAGGUCGGACAUUGAUGACCUGUAAGAGCGCUUAGGCUUGCAUUGGGGAGAGACGUGCCGGAUCCUUCACUUCUACUGCACCCUUUGCCGUUUGAGUGCAAAAGGGCUUGCAUUCAGGCGUGCCCAAACUGAGCCUGUACCUGCUCCUGUUGUCACUGCAGCUGUAACGCACACAGUCACAUACUGUAGAUUGAAAGCUAGACCUCUCUGACGGCAGAGGCUUCAAGGACAUUUAGUUUUGUCUUUGCACAGCCGGUCUCUGUAAGUCUCCUUGGAUAAAGCCGUCUGCUAAAUAAACAAAUCAUUCUAAAAGUCUUGCUGGCUGCCUUUCUCAACCACGUAGUCAAUACAACAGCUGUGACCUAAUGGAUCCAAAUUCCUUUUUACAUGUGCAGCGUUUGCUAGCCCUUACGGAGAUCUCUCAAAGGUGUUUAUAAGGACAGAUUAGCCAAACUUUUGACAAUACGUUUUGGGUUCAGAAUCGCAAGUUACCGCAAAAUGUGUCUGUUUGACAGCUGAACCUUUUGAUUGCAUAUUUAGGUACAGCUGCAGAUUGAGGGUGUGUUUUAAUAUUAUAAAUAAUUAUAUGUGAUGUGAGUUUGCAUGUUAAAUCUGUGGAAGAUGCAGUGAAGUGUGAGUUGGUCAGGAGCAGUGCUACUCAGCGGUGAGGCAAGCCUCAUACACCCAUAUGACUGCCUGUGCUGUAGCUGCAGUUUUCUAAACGUGGUACUAAACCUGGUGUAGUUGUUACUUGUUCACUAACUCUGCUGUGUGCACAGUUUGUUAGAAACUUGACUAGAACUCUCCCUAGGUUUGUGUAACAUGGAUAUUUUGAGCUGGGAUUUCUAUCAGUACAGUAGGUGGUUAAAUGAUAGCAGAGUGUUUUUUAUUUAUUGUUUUUGGGAAGUGAUUGUUAGACAGAAGGUUUGAAGAAUGUGAUUAGGAAGUAGUUAAGGAAUUUGGAAGUCUAGCAGGGGUACAAAAGGCUUAAACCGGUAAAUACCGAGAUAACAUGCUUUGAUAGCACACCUUUUAACCAGGUAACAGGAAUUCACAAAGACUUCUUGCAGUCUUGUUAAGCAACAUUUAAAGUUUGCCUGUUUCAAUACAAAAAGUUGUUGUUGUUGUUGUAUAAAGUCACCAGUGAUGUUUUCCUAAAUUCCUAUUAUUACACGCUUAUCUUAUUGUUUUGCAAAACAUACUUCAAAUACAUGGAAAUAUAUUCUCUCUCUACACAUAUUAUAUAUACAUAUAAAAAAUAUAAUUUUAUUAAAUUAUAUUAUUGUCAUGCAUGUACAGGCAUGCUCGUCCUUUCUCUUAGUUAUGUUAUUUUAAUUUUCAUGAGAGAAUUGUAUGAUUACUUAAUCACAAUGGUUGACAAACAUGUUUGCUCUGUUGUAGCUAUUUUUGUAAUUUUAACAAAUUCCAAACGCAGUUCUGAAAUUCUGCAGCGGGAAAUGUUCCCCCAAGCAAGCCCCCCCAAUCCCACCCACUUCCUGUUUGGUCAUUAUCUGCCAAGGUGUAUUGGUCUGCCGUGGAUGUGGUUACAUCUGUGGGAUGGUCAAGUCAUGCCAAUCCCACGCACGAUGUUCUGUAAAGUCCUGCAGGGAUAGCAGUAAGACUCCCAUUGCAUAGCAGAGUCACCCACUCCAGGUUUUACUACGAGCUUGAUUAACCGCAGUGUAUAGGUAACAAACCCGAGUGUAUCGUAUUAAACUCGAUAGUAAAACACAAGUGGAUCAAACCGCUGUGCAAUGGGAGUCUUGUUUCCAUCCCAAUGCUGUGUACGUUUCCCCACUGAUUUCAGGCGUGCCUGGAAGUUGCAAGCUGGGCGCUGGCAAGCCAACAUCACUCCUGCUAGGAUCUAGAAAUAAGGACAAGGCAAGGAGGCCUUCUUGUAUGAUGCAGUGCUGGUUGUUUUUCUUUAGAUAGAACUAAAGAGCGAGUAGCGCUGGUGACCUGCCAGUGGUCAAUCUGUGAUUUCCAGGGGCGUUUUCAAUCGGGGUGCGUGUGUUUAUAUACUACAUGGCUUGCUGUCUUCGGAGGUGUUUUUAAGGUUGCAACAAUUGAAGAGUUGACCGUGAGUCUCUGGUUUCGCUGUGUGUAGCUUUUAGAAUCCGAAGUGAUUUUGGUGAAAUGUAUAAAAGCUAGCUUUAGGGUUACUACGUGAAUAUAUUCUGUAUAAAUGUGUUCUGUAAUCAAGUUCUGUUAAAUCUGUAAUAAACUGUUUAAUAGACUGUAGCAUUAAUAAAGCAUUAAUGUGCUGAUAUAGUCGAUAUUGGCCAAAGCAUUAAUAAAGGGAUGGAAAUCUCCCAUUGCAGAGCAGUUUGAUCCGUUCCUGGUUUUACAGGGAGCCUAAUUAGACUGAGGGAACAGCUAGCAAGCUCAGCAGUGUCUAAAUAACUUCUCAUAAAACCUGGAAUGGGUCAAACGAGUAUGUAGUCUGCUUUUCAUCCCCUGCGUUUGCUGAAGUGCUAGUGCUUUGUGAACGUAGACUGUUUUCUCAGCUGUGAAGUGAUACUUUGAUUUCAGGGCACUAAAUGCAACUGCUAAAUGUUUAAUCGAAGUGAUGUGUUUGUUUAGCAGGAUAUUUGUUGAUUAAAAAAAAAAAAUGAUAAUCUUUUGAAUACAUAUUAUUAAUAAAUAAAAUUAAGACAUUU